AUGCCCCGAUACUACGCGGUGAAGAAACUGGGACCAAAACUGAUGUUACACCAACAACAGCAGAACCAGCCUCAGCAGCAGCAACAGCAGCAACAAAUAAUAAUUCUACAACAGCAACAGCAUCAGGUGGCCAUGGACGAGCUGGACGACGACGACGGAUGCUGCAGUUCCCGAUCCGGUACCGAGUCCCCACCACCGUUCACCGAUCCCACCUCGGUGAAACUCUACAAGCCUCUGGAAUCCGUCAACAUGUCCAAACACAAAGAUUACUUGAAGUAUUGUUACGAGCUGGAACAAAAACAAAACUUGUUCCGUGAGCGAAGCAAAGAAGAAACAGAAGCAGCUCAUGACUUACUCGAACUCUCCAGAUCGUUGCCGCCACUGCCACCACCGAGCACGGUGACCGUCGCAGCGCCCACCCCUCCAGAGACACCCCUUAGCUCGGGGGUGGGUGAUGGGUGCCCAGCUUCACCACAGUUCGUCUACGUGUCCACCGCGGUAUCCGCCGCACCGCUUACACCACCCGCUUCAGAGUACUCGUCGGAUGCGGAGAAUACGCCAGCGGAAGCGGGUGGAGGUUCCGCCAACGCACAGGCCGUCGUGGUGGCGACGGCCACAGCCACCACCACCGUCUACAGUCUAAUCGAUUACGUCAUCGAGAGGGGUGACAGUGGCACGUUCGACCCGUUGCUGACCAGAGACUUGAACGUGAAGGCCGGCAGGACGACAACGACGACCGCGGAACACCGCCGGUCGACUUCCACUACCACCACCACCACAACCACCCAGGUCGUGGUCGGAUGCAGUUCCGGGAACAAAGCCCGCUAUACGUGCACCGACUGCGGAAAACACUACGCGACAUCGUCAAACCUGUCGCGGCACAAGCAGACACACCGGAGCCUGGACUCGCAGUCGGCCAAGCGGUGCAACGCUUGCGGCAAGGCGUACGUCAGCAUGCCCGCUCUCGCCAUGCACCUUCUCACGCACAAGCUGUCGCACGCAUGCGGUGUGUGUGGAAAGAUGUUCAGCCGGCCAUGGCUGUUGCAGGGCCAUCUGCGGUCGCACACCGGCGAGAAGCCUUAUGCUUGCGCACAGUGCGGCAAAGCGUUCGCGGACCGGUCCAACCUGCGUGCGCACAUGAUGACCCACUCGGGCGACAAGAACUUUGCGUGCCACUGGUGCCGCAAGUCGUUCGCGCUCAAGUCGUACCUGAACAAGCACCUGGAGGCGGGCUGCGCGCCGGCCGCCGCGGUGGCUGCUGCCUCGUCUCCGCCGUCGCCGUCGUCACCGCAGCAGCCCGACGACCGGGAAACCGCCACCCGGGGUGGAUAA